AUGGUUGCCGAAGAGGACAUCGAGAAGCAAGUCCUUCAAUUGAUAGACAGCUUUUUUCUGAAGACUACACUACUAAUAUGCUCCACCGAAUCAAGUCGAUACCAGUCUUCUACAGAAAAUAUAUUCCUAUUUGACGACACAUGGUUUGAAGAUCACUCAGAAUUAGUGAGUGAGCUACCCGAGAUAAUAUCAAAAUGGUCUCACUACGAUGGUCGAAAAGAGUUGCCACCCUUAGUGGUAGAGACAUAUUUGGAUUUAAGACAGUUAAACUCGUCUCAUUUAGUUAGAUUAAAGGACCACGAAGGCCAUUUGUGGAACGUUUGCAAAGGAACUAAGAAGCAGGAAAUCGUGAUGGAACGUUGGCUUAUCGAAUUAGAUAAUUCAUCCCCAACUUUCAAAUCAUACAGUGAAGAUGAGACUGAUGUUAAUGAACUUUCUAAACAGCUAGUCCUUCUCUUCCGUUAUUUGUUGACUUUAAUACAGUUACUACCCACAACAGAAUUAUACCAAUUAUUAAUAAAGUCUUAUAACGGCCCGCAAAAUGAAGGAAGUUCCAAUCCAAUAACUUCCACGGGCCCACUAGUAAGUAUCCGGACGUGUGUCCUUGACGGAUCUAAACCAAUUUUAUCGAAGGGGAGAAUAGGGUUGAGCAAACCGAUUAUUAAUACAUAUUCCAAUGCGCUUAACGAAUCAAACCUGCCAGCCCAUUUAGAUCAAAAGAAGAUCACACCUGUAUGGACAAAGUUUGGACUCUUAAGAGUCUCGGUAUCAUACAGACGUGAUUGGAAGUUUGAAAUUAACAAUACAAACGACGAAUUAUUUUCAGCUCGACAUGCAUCUGUCUCACAUAACUCACAAGGACCCCAGAAUCAGCCAGAACAAGAAGGACAAAGUGAUCAAGACAUAGGGAAACGCCAACCACAAUUUCAACAGCAGCAGCAGCCCCAACAGCAGCAGCAGCAGCAGCAACAGCAACAGAGACAACACCAGGUCCAGACACAACAACAAAGACAGAUACCUGAUAGGAGAUCUCUUUCACUUUCUCCUUGUACAAGAGCCAAUUCUUUUGAACCACAAUCUUGGCAGAAGAAAGUCUAUCCAAUAUCGAGACCUGUUCAACCAUUUAAAGUUGGUUCAAUUGGAAGUCAAAGUGCGAGCAGAAAUCCCUCUAAUUCAUCGUUUUUCAACCAACCACCUGUUCAUAGGCCAAGUAUGAGCUCCAACUACGGGCCACAAAUGAAUAUUGAAGGUACCAGUGUUGGAAGCACCUCAAAGUAUUCCUCCUCCUUUGGGAACAUUCGUCGUCACUCAAGUGUAAAGACGACAGAGAAUGCUGAAAAAGUAUCAAAAGCUGUAAAGAGCCCACUACAACCUCAAGAAUCACAAGAAGAUUUAAUGGAUUUUGUUAAAUUACUCGAAGAAAAACCCGAUCUAACUAUAAAGAAGACAAGUGGAAAUAAUCCACCCAAUAUCAAUAUUUCUGAUUCUCUAAUCAGAUAUCAGAAUUUGAAGCCAAGUAAUGACUUAUUAAGUGAAGAUUUAUCCGUAAGUUUAUCCAUGGAUCCAAAUCAUACAUAUCACAGAGGCAGAUCAGAUUCCCACUCACCAUUGCCUUCAAUAUCCCCUUCGAUGCAUUAUGGAUCGUUGAACUCGAGAAUGUCUCAAGGCGCCAAUGCAAGCCAUUUGAUUGCAAGAGGCGGUGGGAAUUCAUCUACUAGUGCCUUGAAUAGUAGAAGGAAUUCUUUAGAUAAGAGCUCAAACAAGCAGGGUAUGUCAGGCUUACCUCCUAUUUUUGGUGGAGAGAGUACUUCAUAUCACCACGACAACAAAAUACAAAAGUACAACCAAUUAGGAGUAGAAGAAGAUGAUGAUGACGAGAAUGACCGUUUGCUCAACCAAAUGGGAAACAGUGCUACAAAAUUCAAAAGUUCAAUAUCUCCAAGAUCAAUUGAUAGCAUUUCAAGUUCUUUCAUAAAAAGUAGGAUACCUAUCAGACAACCAUACCAUUACUCUCAACCAACUACUGCGCCCUUUCAAGCUCAGGCGAAAUUUCAUAAACCUGCAAAUAAGUUAAUCGAUAAUGGUAAUAGGAGUAAUAGUAACAAUAACAAUCAUAAUGGGAAUGAUGCAGUUGGUGUGAUGCAUAAUGACGAGGAUGAUCAAGAUGAUGAUCUAGUAUUUUUCAUGAGUGAUAUGAACCUUUCUAAAGAAGGUUAA